GGCGACUGUAAUAUCCUGUCAAAGUGUGCCCUAACCUCACAUUCCGCGAUGAUACUCCCGUGCCCCGGCUGGUACUGCGGGCGUGUGCCCCUCCCUAAUGGCACUCUCAGUGCUUGUGGUUCCUGCCCCCGGGGCUUCCGGCGCAACGACACCACUUUUAUCUGCGAGCCGUGCACCGACAGCCCCACAUUCUACGACUGGCUUUAUCUGGGCUUCAUGGUGCUCCUGGUCCAGAUCUUGCACUGGUUUUUCAUCGAUAUGGUGUCAAUGCGACGCAGCUUCAAAAAGGACGUUUUAAUCCUCCACUUGACGGCUCUUGUGGAAGUGGCCGUUUCGGGGCUGUUGGCGGUGCUGUUCACCCACCCCUUUGGCGAGUUCCACGUGAGGAAUUGUCGGGUGCGGAGUCUCGCCGACUGGUACACUUUGGUGCACAAUCCGGCCCCCAAUUACGAGAAACGGGUGCAUUGCACGCAAGAGGCGGUGUAUCCUCUGUACACACUCGUUUUUAUUUUUUAUGCCCUGACUUUGGUUGUUAUGCUCUUGAUACGGCCCUGGGUGUGCAGGAAGUAUCUCCCAAGACAGAGCAAAAUGUCCAUUUAUGCCGCCAUGUACUACAUACCGAUUCUAGUCGUGGUUCAUGCCCUAAUUGGGGGACUCCUUUAUUAUGCGUUCCCAAUUCUAGUUGUUAUUUUAUCAGUUAUUUCAUGUGCUUAUCACUUUGCCCUCAAAAUCAACCAAUCAAUUCCUUCAUUGAUUAUCACCACAGUUGUAGACCCGAGAAAUGUGGUGAUUUUAGUGGGUCAUUGGUGUUUACACGCUUAUGGUUUAAUUUCAAUAACGCAAUUAAGUGACCCUACUUUUCACUCAUUAUUGUUACUGUUGGUACCACUGCCGGCGUUUUUUUACAUUUUUACGGCCCGAUUUACAGACCCCACGAUAUUUACUUAAUUUAUUAAAAAAAACAAAAAUUAUUUUUUCUCGUCCUGAACCCUUUGUUCCAAAUCGGUGAUCAACGAGUCGAUUUCCUCGAGCGAAAAAACUUUUUUCUUCACAAAUGUGUGUUUUGUUUUGUCCUAAAAAUUUUGUUCAAAAAUGGCCAAAUCGGGGAUUUACCCACCCAAAAAUUGACAUAUUCGGGGGAAAUCGCCUCGAGGUGGAGCAUCCGCUCUUCGAGUUUCUUCAAACGUGUGUAUAUGUCUCUGGGGGUUGGUGUGGUCAAGCUUAGUUGGAGUUCGAGGUUUUGGAGACGCUCCUCGACCCCAUUUUGGGGGAUAUACUUGGUUAAAUAGUCGGAAUUAGUUUGGUCACGAUGAUACGUGUUUAAGACUCGACUAACUGCAAGGUUUUUGAGAUUAAAAGUGGUUUCAUGGGGGCUACAAACCUUGCAAAUGUCCUUUGGAGUCUUUGCGUUUUUGUAAAACAGCAUCGACUCGAGCACAGUUGCAAUCACUGGUGCAAAACUCCCUCACGUUGUUUAUAUUAAUCUCGUUUCGUUUCAUUUCCAUGAAAUUCUCGAUUCGUUUGUUUAGAUCCGAGUUGGGGGCCUUGAUUUGGAUCAAAU